AUGCCGAUGAGCGUCAGGUCUUUCGAGGAGAUGACCUCGAUAACCGAUAUGAAGGAUGGAACCUACUCGGUGAAGAUGCGACCAAACUGCAACGUAUGCGCCGGUCAUCCGAACAAAACGCAGAAUUGGCAGCGUUCUUAUUUCUUCCUCAAAUCCGACGACUCGGCUUUCGAGGAGCCUCCUCAGGAGGAUUAUCGGGUUCUUUGGAACCGUUCUUGUGUUGGCCAUCCUACGUCUCCUGUCUAUCCCGAGGAUUUCCUGAAGAGCGUUCAAGCCGUCGCUUUGCUUAGAAUCUACCGUUGGUCCGAGAUCACCGUCGAGAAGACCUACGAGCUUAAAGACCGGAUUGCUCGAAGGGGGUGGAGAUCUGAUCUUCCGACAGCCCUUCCCAUUCGCAAGAAGAGACUAGAGAUCUUUCCGAGGGACAUCCAGAAACAAAUCACCGAAGCAAAGAGAAUGGGAACUCUCCCUGACUUAAGCGCGAUACUAGCUGCCCAACUGGGGCUGACUAGCGGGAGCGGGCCGUCUACCGCUGUCCCUCGUACUGGCGAGGUUCCCCCUUCCGGUGCUGCAACUACGGGGAAGAGUAGGAAGAGGAAGAGGGGCAGCUCGGGAGUCGAGGGGAGUGCCGAGGAGGCGAACGACGUUCCUCCUUCCAGUGAACUUCAGAAGAAGAAGAAGAAGAGGAAGAAGACUAAGAGGUCUGUUGACGCGCAGUCGGAGAGUCUCGAGGGACCGAUUGAAAUUGAGGGGGGAGGCGUUCAAGAAGAGGAACUUCGAUCCGAAGAAGAGGUUCUUGAAGACGGGGCCCUAGGAGAGAAAGAUGACGAGGAGGAGGCCGUCAACGAGGAAGAGUCCGAGGCUUCCCUCGGAGACGCCGGCUCGGACAAUCUUGAAGAGGAGUCUGAGGGGUCGCCACUUCUGAUACGGAGGCGUGGCGACGAAGCAGGUAAUGAGGCGCGGUCUCCUGCUCCGAUGUCUCCUCAUGCAGAGGCUCCAGUUCGUCCGAACAUCGGAGCUGUUCAGACUGGUACCUCUUCUCGCGGCGACGCCAUCUUGAGAAGGGUACCCGGAGUUAGCUUUCCCGACAAAGUCGACUUUCACUACGAGGGACCGGCUCCUUUGGCGUACGUCCCGGAGAAAUGCGGGGAGCUCCUUCGUCAGUUUAGGGGAAGGGCGAAACCUUUGCCCGCUGUGGAGGAUCUUAUCUUCGGGGGCGAGUACGAAGAGGCUGCAAGGGCCAAGCUGUUGGGGGAUAGCGCGAUGAACAUCGUGAUUGACAAGUACGAUACCGCGCUGAAGGGAGCUUUGGGCGAGCUCGAGCAGGCCAAGAAGGAGUACGCGGAGAAAGAGGAAGCUUCUGCUCGUCAGCUAGGUGCAUCGAAGGCCAACGUCGAGAGACUUAACGGGAUGGUCACUCGUGCAAUUGCUCGACGGGACGAGCUCAAAGCCGAUUUGGUGGCAUCUCGCGGAAUCAUCCACGAGCUUGAGCAGAAGAAUGCCGAGCUUGAGAGCGAGAAGGCUUCGCUUGCUGCUUCUCAUGAAAGAGAAAUGAAGCGCCUUAGAGAUUCCAGAAUCCUAGAGGUCACAAAGGAAAGGGGAAGAGUUGAGGCCGAGAUGGCUGCGAAAGCUAACCGUCGCUUCGCGAGGAUUCGUUCCCGAGAAGAGCAGCGAGGUCCUUACGACAAGGCCCGGUUGCUUCAUAGUCAAGCCUUUGGGACCAGGAAGUGCCUUGAGGCCUUGAAGAGGGCCGGGAGCGACAUCUUGCAAGCCACGAUCGAUCUGUUCGCGGAGCAAGAGAAGAAAUACGAGCAGGAGGCCGAGGAACUCAAGGUGGGCGAGAUACCCGAGGGAGACCUUGCACUUUCUCCUCUUGUACUGGAUUCUCAAUUCGUGGAUGCUCGGAUUCUGGCGAGUCUCGACCAUUACGGGUCCAAUGCCGGCCUGAUCGACCCAGAAACCGCAUCGAAUCUUCUCGUUCUGCCUCCUCAUCCGAUCGAAGAUCGUCAUGGUGACCCGACGCCCUUCGUCGAGGGUUCUUUGGCUGCGUUGGAGGGAGAGAUGCCUAAUCGAGGGACCAACACUGCCGAAGAUGAUGCCCCCGUCCACGUACUCUCGGAUACUUCGGCUGAAGGAUCUCGUCGAGGCAACGAGGAAGCCGUUGCCCGUGAGUCGAGUGUUAGGGCUUCGGAGCUAUCUGCCCUUGAUGAUCGCGAGAGUGACCGAGAGGAUUAG